AUGUCUCAACCUGUUCAACGUGCUGCAGCACGCUCAUUCCUUCAAAAAUACAUUAAUAAAGAAACUUUGAAAUAUAUCUUUACGACACACUUCUGGGGUCCCGUAUCCAAUUUUGGUAUCCCAAUUGCCGCUAUAUAUGAUUUAAAGAAAGAUCCUACACUAAUCUCGGGCCCAAUGACCUUCGCUUUAGUUACCUAUUCGGGAGUGUUCAUGAAGUAUGCUCUUGCAGUAUCACCCAAAAACUACUUGCUGUUUGGAUGCCACCUCAUCAAUGAAACUGCACAAUUAGCUCAAGGCUAUAGGUUUCUCAGAUACACGUAUUUCACAACUGAUGAGGAGAAGAAGGCUUUAGAUAAGGAAUGGAAGGAGAAAGAGAAGGCUGAUAAACAGUAA